CAUCCGUGUACACUCAAGUAACGAAAUAUUUAAAUUCAGCUCAAAAUGAGUCAAGUGGGCAUACAAUAUUGACAAUAAAAAAGCAGUCUUGUUUAAAAGCUGUCGUAUGCUCUAAGUCGAGUUAAAAUGCAAGAGAAAGACGGAACGUCGAAGCGAAAGCAACGUCGAAGACAGACAGAAUUGAUGUCCUUUGAGAUGUAAAGUCCGGAAGAAAAUUCAGCAGUUCUCAACGAGUGACAGUGUGCUUUAAAACCUGGUUCAUCUCGUGACGUUUUCACAGAAUAAACCUGACAAGUAGGAGCUUGUAUUACGUGUAAUUAUAACAGUAAACUUUAUAUAUACAGUAGUUCGAGCGAACAAAUAGAAAAUUGAAGUUACACUGCUCUGGUCUUGGCAAACUGAAGGAAGCCGUUUACGGUUUAGGAAAUCAGCGUACAUAUCUUAAAGCUAUAAUUAUAAAAUUCCGUACGAAAAUAAAAGAUACAGCGCUUGGGAGAAAACUUUAUAUAAAGCUAUAAAAGUAGACUUCGUUAUAGACUGCUUAAACAUUGCUUGGCAGUAUAUAAGGCCAUCAAAGCCGGCUAAAAUAUGGCAGAUUUCAAUGAAAACGAACUUCGUUCUGGCGCCCAUUCCCCGAACUUUUUGAAACAACGCAGAAUAGCCUACGUCGACAACCCGUUCGAUGAACAAGCGUCUCAAAGUAUGGUCGAAAAAUGCGACUUAAAGUACAUGAACUAUCCCCGCAACCAAAAUGGCGGGAAGGCAAAGAUGCCUGGUCAGAAUGGGGCAGAUACGAACUCGAAGAAGGACGGUGGGGAGGAUUUGUGGCCGUUAGGAGUUCUGGUGAAGGGUGAAGGAAGUGAUUUCGCGUCAGCAGAGCAAGACUGGAGUUGUUUAUUCUCACCUGUGCAGGUAUAUAAUAUAUGAUUAAUCGUUUGGUAGCCGUUUCAAUAUAGAACAUGAUUACUUACAUUGUUGACACUUGUAUACCAGGGGCAAAAAAUGAGAGUUGGGAAGCGAGAGUUUGCAUGAGAGUUGAGAAGCGAGAGUUUGCAUGAGAGUUUUCUCAACUCUCUCAUUUAUAUGUGGUUCACAGGUAUAAACUAUUAUAAACUGGCCGUUGAGAAAGAUCGUGGCUCUAUUAUUAUAUCAAUGGAAACAAGACCGUAGACCGAAUUUGAUGAAAAUGUGAAAAUAAUUUUCAAACAUUUCUACAACUUAUAGACAUAGUACUUUGUCAAACUAAAAUUCAGCCCACCUGCUAAAAGUUUCUCAUAAAUUUAAACAAACAAUCAAUGCAAAACAACGCGAAAGUGUUUUGACACGUUGAUGUCAGUUAAAACUAAUGCUUGUCGUGCUUUUGAUCACGUAACCCCUAAUGCCCUAUGACAACGAGCGAACGGAAUGGAGGAAUGCUGAAGUGAAAUUAAAAGUUAUCUCCCCAUUUUACAGCCAUGACAAUUUGCUCUUUCGCUCAAAGCACUUUCAAAACUUUUUGGCGAGAAUGUUUAAACGAGUCCAACGUGUGGGGGGUGGGGGAAGGGGGGGGGGAGUGUGUUCCAAUGAUCACGCGUAAUCUGUCAACUGUUGGAUGAGAAUUUUAAGCAAAGUCAGAACCGACCCAAUAUUUUCCAAAAUCAGUCAAACAAUGUUCAAUGAUGUUGGAGCACCAUAUUGGCCUCGUUUCAACAAAACUUUAUCCUGUAUGGCACACACUAUGAAAAAAAAACACCUGGAUAAUAUAAAUUUUCCUGAGAUCUACAAACAACUAUAUAUAUAUAUAUAUUUGGUUAUACUCUUCGGUCGACCAGUGCAGUGGUCGAUAUAUACAGAAAAAUCAGUGUAACAUCCCCUACAAGUGGAUAUUGAUAUCGAGUUCCGCCUAUAUUUGCGAGUGUUGCUAUCUCGAAUUCAAGCAGUAUAUAUAUAUAUUCGCAUGUUAUACGGAUCUUCAAAAUAAAAAAACGAUACGGAAAAACUUGAAAGCCCGUUUACGCUUCCAAUUUUUGCUGCGAUUCCCUUCUUCUGAUGGAUGUGAACGAGUGGAUGAGACGAUGAGUUAUGCUCAGAUGAGGGUAUAUAUACUCGUAAUGCCCAGUCAUCCCCUAUACAUUGCUACAAGUGGAUAUUGUCUUAUCAGUUGAGAUCGAUUUCCGUUCAAAUGCGAGUGUUUUCCCGAAAUAUAUCCAGUAUCAUAUAUUAUCCAGUAUAUGAAAUCACAGUUAAUAGAAUACAUGGUUUGGAGACUCGAUGAAAGUACAAUAUAACUCAUUAACUAUGUUGGUUUCGGUUUAUGCAAGAAUUUGGGCCUAUCUCGUCAUGUGUGUAUUGUAUUUUUUCCCGCACAACCAAUAGCAAUGUUUAAAUUGAGCAUUUGUUCAAGUUACGGAUGGAUAACUCAACCACAAACUUGUUAUUGGUUAUUUGAGCGAAAAUACAAUACACACGUGACGAGAUAGGACCAAAUUCUUGCAUAAAGCUGGACAAUAACAUAUAGUUAAUGAGUUUAUUGUACUUUCAUCGAGUCUCCAAACCAUCUAUUAAAAUAACUGUGGUGAAAUCAGAUUAAAUGUAUAGUCGUGAUAACGUACUUAUAACUGAUCAUUUGUACCUAUCGAAAUUUUAGACCAAACAAGCUUUGUUAAAAAUGUUGCAUCCUCCUUUAAUACUAGAAUACAAAACUUCUUAUAAAGAUGACGACAGUGUGUUUUGGGCAAAGGCUCUUUAUAUACAGCUCAUGCUUGUUCACCUGGAACAACUUGCACGAGUUUUAUGAACUUCUUAUUCACUUCGUAUAUUUCCCCAGCUAUAUUUCUUUUUAUUAGAGAGUGAGAUACUGAAAAAUACACAGUGAGAUAUUUUCCAUAUCUUCACUAGAGAAGAUAUCGAUCACGUGACUUUUUCCAUUUUUUUUGAGCGCGAAAUUUCACAAUUUUUUGCUUGGGACUAUACAAUAAACAGAACAUUACACCGUGGCUUGAAGAUAUGACUUUUAUCCUCUCGCUGCGCUCGUUCGUAAAAUAUUGUUCAGUUUCACCACUCGAAGAUAAAAGUCGUAUCUUACAACUUGAGUUGUACUGUGUAAAUCAAGCACACGUGUAACUCACCCACAACAACGUAGGCAAGUUGUGUGAUUGAUUUACACAGUACAACUCAAGUUGUAAUUAAUAUAAUCAUUAAUUAUUUGGACAUACAUUUGUGACAGUUGUGUAAGGCUGGCACACGUAGACGUUUUUUAACGAAAGUUUGACUGACAACUGAUUGGUUGCUUUACUAUAUGAAGGUUGAUUGUAUAUGUGAAUAUAUUUCAGUGUCACAUCAAUUCUCCCGCUGGUGAACUACAACUCUCUCUAUCUUACGACCCAUGGCUAGGGAGUCUUAAAGUCGCAAUUAUCAAGGCUAAAGGUCUGACGUGUUCAAUAUGCGCCAGAAAGGCUCAUAACAGCGGUAUUAUAUGUGUUGGUAAGUCCAGGAUUUUUAUGAUGCAACUAAAUGAACUUGUUUAUACUGAACAGUCCUGUCAGUUCUAAACUGUUCUCUCUACAUGUCUCUUAUUGAUCCAGUGUUACUACAGGAGGAAACCUAAACUAACUUUAUUUAUACUGGAUAGCUCUAUCAGUUCUAAACUGUUCUUCCUAGAGGUCCAGUAAGGAUCAUCUCUUAUUGAUCCAGUGUUACUACAGGAGGAAACCUAAACUAAACUAACUUUAUUUAUACUGGAUUGCUCUAUCAGUUCUAAACUGUUCUUCCUAGAGGUCCAGUAAGGAUCAUCUCUUAUUGAUCCAGUGUUACUGCAGGAGGAAACCUAAACUAAGCUAACUUUAUUUUACCAAUCUUUCAGGUACGUUUAUAAAUAUAACGCUUUUCUGUAAGAACAAACGAGUUCAGUCAAAAAAGACGGAAAUGAAGACACGAAAAGCCGAAAUAUUUUUCUACGAGAAAUUUUCAUUUCUCGCGCAAAAAGACGAUAUUCGUGACUGUAGCCUACAUUGUCAGGCAGUUCAUAAGGUGGGCUCCUUCAUAAAACGUGAUCACGUGAUUGGUGAGGUUUUGAUUGGCGGAGACGACGGUUGCGAUGGCGACGGAUUACGUCAUUGGGAAGAGAUGCUUCGAAGACCGAAGAAAAAUGUUACGCAAUGGCAUUAUAUUCAACAGGGAUAAAUUAAGGUCGAUUAUCGUACCCCCCAUAGAUAUGGUACCCCCGGAUUAGGGUGUUUCUCUCCUCUUGAGCGGGGGGAGGCUCAGCCUAUAUGUGUUUUUGUAUGAAUAAUAAUUAUCUACUAACUUAAAAUUUGUUCGUCUUUAAUUGGUAGUUCACAAAUUGUAAAACUAGAUAAUUUAUCAUCAAAUAGAUGUCAUUAAUGUGAAUUGUAAAAAUAAAAUAUCUACCAUAGAAAAUCAGUGACGCAAAAUUAAAAUAUUGAAAACUAAAAUUUUUGUUUACUGAAAAAAACUUCCGCUGUUAUACCUUAUUAUUUAUUUAUUUAUACUGGAUAGUUCUUUCAGUUCUAAACUGUUCUUCCUAGAGGUCCAGUAAGGAUCAUCUCUUAUUGAUCCAGUGUUACUAUAGGAAGAAAAUAAACUAAACUAUUUUUUACUAGAUAGCUCUAUCAGUUCUAAACUGUUCUUCCUAGAGGUCCAGUAAGGAUCAUCUGUAGUAAGUAAUCAUUUCAAAACAGAUCGCUUUAUUUCCUUGAUUUCGUCCUUACAAAUCAUCUGAUUACAGAGGUUCUCGUAAUAAUUCCGUAAUAAUAAGUUUUGACCAUCUUAAAUUUGGGACGCAUCUUCCUGAACGCUUCUCAGCUUAGAAAAUAUCUUGGAAGGCCGAUAAUCUAGAACAAAAAA